AUGAAGAUCCGCUUCGGCCUUAUCCAGAAGUUGGCCUCGGGUGAGAAGAUCAAUAAGAUCGGUCAAGGGAAAAAGAACAAAAAAAAUCAACAAAAACGCGACAAAAAAGUCGAUGUAAUGCCCUUCAACAAGAAGCUCACUCGAGCGGCCGAAAGAAAAGAAUUGGUGACGGCUCUGGGAAUUAUGGAUAGUAUUAAGAAAGCUGGAGGUCGACCUGAUAAACAUACCUAUGCUAACAUCAUCAACGUAUGCGUUCGAUGCGACGAUAUUACUAAGGCGGAAGAGUUUCUGGCGGAGAUGCGUGACUCGGUGGGUCCCUCUGUGGUUCCGAUGACUACUAUGCUGAAGGGGUAUGCUAGUGAAGGAAUGAGAGAUAAAGCUGUCGAGUUGUUGGAAGAAAUGAUGAAGACGAAAAUUGCUAAUGGGCGUUCUGUGAGUGCGUUCCUAAGGGGCUGCCUCAGACAUGGAUGGUAUGAGGCUGCGGUAGCGGCAUAUAAGAAGGCUAGUGAGAAGGGGAUCCUUGAAGACGGUUGUCGUAACAUAUACGCCAGGAUUCUCUCCUUAGCCGGUCGGAGCUCGGAAGCCAUCGCUCUAGAAGGCCUUACUGGAAGUACAUUAGCAUCGAUAGCGACAACCAUGGCGAUCACUAGUGGCGCCGACAAGGAGGCUGCUGAUGCUGCUAUAAAGCGAGCUGAAGGGAAGUUAAGCGAAGAGGAGAAGAGAGCUGACGGACUCAAAAAUAAAUUCGGAGAUCACUUGAUUGCUGAGGCCCGACGAGAUUUGAAUGCCGCGAAGAAAUUCCUGGCGAGCGACACUUCUGUUAAUAUCAAACCAUCUUUUGCGCGCUUUUUAUAUCUACCAAAGUCCACUGAAAAUGACUCUAUUGAACAGCGAAUUUUGCAAGGAUGGAAAGGAAUUGGAAUCGAGCAAGUGGUUGACAACGUUGAGGAGUUCGCGGCGAAUAUGAUGCCUAAGAUGCUGAAUAAUGGGAAGUUGAAAAUCACCGAUGACGAUCGCGGCGUAUGCCUUGAAGUUGGUAGUGGCUCCGGAGACUGGGUACUCUCGCGAGCAAAGCGUGAUUGGUCUCAACAGUGGAUUGCCGCUGAGUUCAAAUUCGACAGGUGUGCAUCGAUUCGGCAGAAGUGCUUGUUAGAAGGCCCUAGAAAUGUUCAUAUCAUUGGUGGAGACGCUCGAGAAUGUUUACCGAUGUUGUUGCCGUUGAGCUGCGUGUCUGAGGUUCAUAUUAAUUUUCCGGAGCCGCCAGUAUGGCAUGAUGCUUGUGCGAGAGAAGAUAAGUCCUAUCGUAACCUCAUCGACUCAAGAAGAAGCCAACGGCGUGGUCAGCUGUAUAUGCUGGCUUGCGGCUUUUGCUGCAUUCUCAUUAUCGCCCUUACGGUUCUGCUCCUCAUCUUGCUAUUCGGUCGAUCUCAUUUGUGA